AUGCCUAUGCCUUCUUUCUUCGGUAGUGGUAAAGGGCACUCCCAAAACCGCCUUUCUUCAUUAUCCCCUGCGCAAAACUCUUCAGCCACCCCCGGCCGCCCAACUAUAUCUGCCCCUCUCUCCAGUCAGUCGGUCUUGGACAGUUAUUCUGGCAAACACCCUAGUACGACCGUUCAACUUGUACCCAUUGACAAAGGUGCGGCUGAACUGAGUAAUAACAACAACCACUACCAUCACAGCGACAACCCCUCACCCCCCUCCACCUCCUCUUCUCACACCACUUCAACAAGAAAGCUUCUCCACCGAGAACGAAAUCCUGGCCCCCCCUCUCCUCAGCCAGAGAGUACAGCAUCAAGUAUCUCUAGGCGUAUCUCGUUGCGCCAUCACAAGCCUGCGCCUAUUCAGCAUUAUCAGCAGCAGCAGCACUCUGAUAACGGUAGCUUAGACCCUUAUCUUCAACACUCGCCUAUACGAGUCUCUCACUCGGCCGGAGGUUCAAGUAGACCUCAGUCUAUGCUCCCGUCUCCACUCGAGACUGACACAGACACACAGCACUCAUUUGAGUCUGACCAUUUGGCCCAGCAGCAACAGCAUUAUAACCAACAGCAACAGCAACAACAGUACCAAGAGGGGUAUCAGCAAAACCACCAAGGCACUGUUGAGCACCAGCAGCAGCAGCAACAACAACACCAGCAACAUCAUCAGCAGCAUCAUCAGCAGCAUCAACAUCAGCAGCCGCCUCCACAACAGCAAGAGUAUUACGAACAACCGCACCCACAGCAAUAUCAGCAAGACUAUCAACAAACAAACUCCCAACAGCAGCAGGACCAAAGAGGUGCCCUGAUGACUCCAGUUCAACAAAAUAAUGCGCCGCGUCGGUCAACGGAUGCUCCCCAUCAGACAGGCCCUCCCUCCCGCGAGGUAUCUGGUUUAGGACAGCAGGGCUACUCUGGGCAAGGAGCACAUCAAAACAACAGAGGGACUGAGCAACAAUCCUACCAGAAUCAAGGCGGGGCUUCCGGAGCGGGUAAUAAUGGUCAAUCACAACUGCCCUAUGACCCAGCAAAGUUCGAGGGACAACAGGGAAGAAUGACACCAGAGAAAUCUGGAGCUGAUGCCCGAUCCGAUGCUCGAGCAGCACAAGCUCCAGAAGCUAUAAAUAUUCCACAAUUAGUCCAGGAACAUGAAACUUUGCAGACCAAGUACCGCAAGGUUAAAAACCUUUACUUCGAGAGCAAGUCCGAGAUCGAGCGUCUCCAAAAUACCCUCGCCCACCAGCGUCUUUCUCAAUCACGUACUUCACUAGAUGACAACGAGUAUGUCUCACGUUUCGAACGCCUCGAUGGCGCCAUCAAAAACGUUGCGUUUGAGAUUCGUCAGUCCUGGAAGACGAUUCCAGGAUGGCUCGUAGGUGUCAUAAAUACUGGUGCUGAGCUGAAGGGCGGUCGCGAAAUGACUGUUGUCGGACGAGCUAGUAUCUCCAGAUGGGUUGUUGAUGAAAUUCUCGAAGAGUUCUUUCAUCCUGCCCUAGAUAUCAAUUUGAGCACUCAGUUGAAAAUUAUUGAGCAAGGCAUCAGGAAAAACACACCACUACCACAAUCCAUUGAGGAAGACGAUGCGUUAAGUUCACGCGUGUGCAAUUGGAGGCUCACUACUCUGGAUGCGCUUCAAGGUGUUAUCAAUGGCAAACAAGCUGCGGAUGUCAAAACCCGUUUGGCCGAGCAUUUGGUCAAGAAAUUAGUCGAAAGUUUACAACAGCACCUCCAUGAGCCGGCGCCAAUGGGCUUGCUUGGGGGCGUGCAGAUGAUUGUAGAUAUUGCUAUAGGGCUUGCAGCAAAUCUUCCUCUUGAGUCUAGAGAAGUGAAGGUCUGGUACCCUCAUCCGGGAGAAAAAUUCGAUACAAAGUUCAUGAGGCCCGAGACGGGCAUCCCACCCCUGGUCGCGUCAACUACCCAAAGGCCUACCGGUGACGGUGAAGGCAAGGAAGAUGCACCGCCAGACGGAGAAACUCAGGUACCACCGCUCCUACCGGCCAAGGACGAUCCGAAACCCAUGCCAUCAUCAAGGGCCGGAAUCGGGGGUCUUCCACCACAAACACCGCCCCAACAGAACCCCAAAGAACCUCCCGGGAAGAAGUCCAAAUAUGCCCCCCAGGUACAGCAAAAUGGGCCGGGAGCUGCUGGAAGCCAAGUUUCACUUGCCCAGACACCCAGCGCACCAGAGGCACCGAAGAACGAGAAGGUUAGAGUUGCUGGAUUCAUGGCGGUAGAAGUUAGAGGAAGAAGUAUUCUCGUCAAGGCGCCGGUAUGGAUUUAA